UCAACAACAUACCUCCAGGCUCCGCCAUAAUCAACGUGGGCGUCAACUUGCAUCUGAUCCUCCCUCAGGGCACCCUGCCUCUCAACUCCACCUCUGUCCUGACCCCCAUCACUCAAGUGCACCUUGGCUCAGACAAAACGUGAGCCUUUCGGCGUCGAUGCAUCGUUCCACCGCGCCGCUGGUCAUUCCCGCCAUUCCGCGGAGACGCUGCCAUCCUUCCGCCGCGGUGGCUCUUCCAACCCCCGCCAGUGAAACGACCAGCCAAGUCUCUGUUAAGCCAGGAGCAACCCCCAAACGAAAAGCCAAGCAGCAGCCUGAGGCGGCCAAAGUGCCCCAUGACAUCCGACAGUGUUACGUCACAAAGUUCACUGAGGUGUUCCUCGACACCUCCGCCAAUGUCGACGAGGCCUUUAAAAAGGCCCUUGCUGAGGAGAAAACGGUGUACAGUCGCAGCGUCAACAAACUCAAGUAUCUCAGCAUCGCUGUGAAUGCACUGAAGAGGUUGAAAAAGCAGAAUUCAGGCAGUUCCAGAGAUGAAAUAAUCAACGGCAAAAGCUCAAAAGGAAAUAUUCCACUAAACCAAAAGCAGCUCAAAGGAAAGGACGAUGACGCUUUGCAUGAGAUUUUGAGGGAUUACAUUCUGAGCGAGGAGCAGCUGAUUGAGAGUAACUAUCCUAUUCAGCACCCCGAGAAACCCGGCUACGCUAUCCUUUUGGCAAACCAGAGGAAGGGCAACAACGACCCCUUGAAGAGGAUGUGUUGCCGGUGCGGAGCUACAUACUCUGUGAACAAAGAGGGCAAGCACACCCGGAUGGAAGAGUGCAACUAUCACUAUGGGAAAGGAGUGGAGAAGAAAGUGCCAGGUGGGGUGGAGACUCGCUAUAGCUGCUGCCAGGGAGUCAUGGGAGCACCCGGUUGCCAGGUUUUUAAGUUGCAUGUGCACGAUUCCCUCGCCAUGGAUGGAUUUAUGGCAACCUCCCCCCGAUGUCCUGUAAAUGGCUGCUUCCCGGGUGUCUAUGCACUGGACUGUGAAAUGUGUUACACCAUUCACGGCCUGGAGCUGUCACGAGUGACUGUGGUGAACUCAAACCUCCAAGUGGUCUACGACACGUUUGUCAAGCCACACAACGAGGUCAUUGACUAUAACACCAGGUUUUCUGGCAUCAGCGAGGAGGACAUGAAGGAUAACCAAAUGACUCUGGCCGAGGUGCAGAAGACAUUGUUGAGCUUCAUCAGUGCCGACACCAUUCUGAUUGGGCACGGCCUGGAAACUGAUCUCUGUGCCCUGAAGUUGCUUCACAACACGGUGGUAGACACUGCAGUGGUCUUCCCCCAUCGCCUGGGCCCUCCACACAGGUUGAGCCUCAGCAGCCUCACAGCAGAACACCUGACCAGGAUUAUUCAAGAGAGCGUGUGCGGCCACGACACGGCAGAAGACGCCUUCGCCUGCAUGGAGCUCAUGUUGCUGAAGGGGAAAGAUGGCAAAAUGAAAAAAUGAUGGAAAUCACACAACACCUCACCCCAUUGUUUAAAAAAAAAAAGUUGCUUUAUUAACUAAUCCUGCUGAUAUUUAUUUUGGUAAUUUUGUUAUGGUUUGUGUUCUCAUACACUAAAAUUGCACUUAGUAACCAAGAAUUAAAACAUGCCUGGAGGAGGGUAAGGAUUGGGUUUCAUUGUCUAAAUAAAAACAAUGACAUCAUUUUUGUUUUGUUUUCAUUUUGAGUCAGCCAAUGAACUGCCAGCUUUGGAUGAACCUCAGGUGGUCCAAUGAAAAAGGCCCCGCUCGUAUCUUUUGUGAUUGGUUCCAGUUUCUGCACAUCA